CGGAGGCGGGGCGGCGGGGCGGCGCUGUCAGCUCGAGGCUGUGAGCGGAAUGCAGCGGCCCGAGGCCUGGCCACGUCCGCACCCGGGGGAGGGGGCCGCGGCCUCCCGGACCGGGGACCCGGCGCCGCCCGCCCCGGCGGGGGAGUCCGCGGGGCCGCGGUUGCAGGAACCUUCCCUCUACACCAUCAAGGCCGUCUUCAUCCUAGAUAAUGAUGGUCGCCGCCUACUGGCCAAGUACUAUGAUGACACAUUCCCCUCCAUGAAGGAGCAGUUGGUCUUCGAGAAAAAUGUCUUCAGCAAAACCAGCCGAACUGACACUGAGAUCGCAUUUUUGGGGGGCAUGACCAUCGUCUACAAGAGCAGCAUUGAUCUCUUCCUGUACGUGGUGGGCUCAUCCCACGAGAAUGAGCUGAUGCUCAUGUCUGUGCUCACCUGCCUGUUUGAGUCCCUGAACCACAUGUUAAGGAAGAACGUGGAGAAGCGCUGGUUGCUGGAGAACAUGGACGGGGCCUUCUUGGUGGUGGACGAGAUAGUGGAUGGCGGUGUGAUUCUGGAGUGUGACCCCCAGCAAGUGGUCCAGAAAGUGAAUUUUAGGACCGACGACAGCGGCUUGACUGAACAGAGCGUGGCCCAGGUUCUUCAGUCGGCCAAGGAACAAAUUAAGUGGUCAUUGCUGAAGUGAAGUCUGUCCCUUCAAAACUCCCUGCCCCAGGCCAUUCCCCCAGUGCCAGCAAAAACUUAAAUGUCCCAAGGAAUGGAGAGACCAGCCCCGGUGCUGUCCUUCACCCCCUCCAGGACUGACUCUUCAGGUGUCCAGCCAGUACUCAGAGCUGCACAGGUUUGGCUUCAGCGGUGUCACCCCUCUCACUGCCCUGCCACUGGGCUGUGACCAGUUGGGCUGCCUUAACUCAGCCGUUGGGCCACUCCUGACCCCAGCGGCUUAGAUACUAAACCUGCCUUUGUCUGCCAGUGGGCUCCCUCCCUCUUGGCCUGGGAAGUGUGUGAGUGUGUUUCUAAUAAAGGCUUCUGCACUUUC